AUGGUCGACUGCCGUCAGUCACGUCUACACGACAAAACCACCAACCUCACUGUCCGGAGUAUCUCUUCCUCCGACGCCUCCCGCCAUCUUGCCGUCUUGGACCCUGAACCCGAGAAUCCAUUUCGACAACACCUCGCCAAAUUCCCCGGCCUCACUCGUCCCAACUUUAGCGUUUCUAUUCCACCACAUGAUGUUGUUCACCACAUUCGGACCACCGGCCCUCCCGUAUUUUCUCGCCCCCGCCGUCUCGCGCCGACACGUUUUGCUGCCGCCAAGGCCGAAUUCGAGCAUAUGCUUCAAAUGGGCAUCAUCCGUCAGUCUGAAAGCCCAUGGGGCUCACCCCUCCACAUGGUUCCAAAGGCCGCCACUGGUGACUGGCGCCCCAGCGGUGAUUACAGGGCCCUGAACAACUUUGCUGUCCCGGACCGCUAUCCUGUCCCAUAUCUUCAAGAUUUUGCCGGUGCCCUAUUCGGCAAGUCUGUAUUCUCGAAGAUCGAUCUGGUCCGUGCUUUCCACCAAAUUCCCAUAGCCCCAGACGACGUUUCGAAGACGGCCGUUACCACCCCCUUUGGCCCUUUUAAGUUCUUGCGCAUGCCGUUUGGACGUCGGAACGCCUCCCAGACAUUCCAAAGGUUUGUAGACAGAGUGCUUUGCGGCCUACCAUUUGUCUAUGCCUAUAUCGACGACCUUCUGGUAGCCAGCUCCACCACCGAAGAACACAUGGAACAUCUUACAACGGUGUUUGACCGCCUUCAACAAUUUGGCGUUGUUCUCAACCCGUCCAAGUGCGUGUUCUGUGUGCCCUCCCUAGAAGUUCCCGGCCAUCUGGUUGACUCCCAGGGCAUUCGGCCUCUUCCCUCAAAGGCUGCCGCCAUUCGGGACUUCCCGCCCCCUAUCUCGAAGCGUCAGUUGCAACGGUUUCUUGGUGUGGUGAACUUUUAUCGUCGGUUUCUACCGGACUGUGCUGAUCUCAUGUUGCCGCUCAACAACAUGCUUUCUGGUCCCAAAGUUCCCCUCGAGCUGACUGGUGAAGCACUGACUGCUUUUGAGAGAAUCAAGAAUUCCCUUGCUGAUGCCACCUUACACGCACAUCCCGCUCCCGAAGCUCAGCUCUCUCUGAUGGUAGAUGCUUCGACCGUAGCCGUAGGUGCAGUCCUUUAAAAACACUUUGCUGGUUAGACUCAACCACUUGCCUUUUCUCAAAAAAGCUCUUACCAGCUGAGACACGCUACAGUAACUUUGGCCGUGAACAACUUGCCAUUUACCUGGCUGUGAAGCAUUUGCGGCAUUCCCUUGAAGGUCGUGACUUCACCAUUUUCACUGACUAGAAACCGUUGACUUUUGCACUUCUUUCCCACACUGACAAACUAAACCCCCGGGAAAUCCCUGGGAGUCGAGCAACUGACAAGCUGGUUUCCGACCGCUUCGUCUGGCCUGGUAUGCACAAGGACCUCAAGGCAUGGACAUGGGCUUGUAUCGCCUGCCAACGGAGCAAGAUCCAGCGGCACAACAAGGCCCACAUUGGCACCUUCCCCGGCCCUGGUGCAAGGUUCAGCCACGUUCACCUGGACAUUGUAGGCCCCCUGCCUCUGUCCAAUGGUUGUUCCUAUCUCCUCACCUGUGUGGAUCGGUUCAUUCGGUGGCCUGAAGUAAUUCCCCUGCUGCUCCACCGGUGGUCAAGGCUGUUAUCAGUCGUUUGGUUACUAUCUUUGGUGCACCCUCCACAAUCACGACUGACCGUGGUGCCCAAUUUGAGUCUAAUCUCUUCCUGUCUUUACUCUCCUUUUUAGGCUGUACCCGCAUCUGGACAACAGUCUAUCACCCGGCUGCUAACGGGAUGGUCAAGCGGUUUCACCGCCAGCUGAAGGCCUCCCUACGCGCCGCAGCCGAUCCGGAGAACUGAACAGACCACCUUCCCUGGUCCUCUUGAGCAUCCGCUCCGCUCUCAGGCGGGAACUUGACUGUUCCGCGACUGAACUGGUGUUCGGUGCCACCGUCCGACUCCCCGGUGAGAUGAUCUCGCCAACCCCACAAGGUGCGGUUGAAGAUCCCACCAACCUACUGCAUUGCCUCCGGCAGUUUAUGCGGACACUUUCCCCGGUUCCUCCCAGGUCCUCCGCCUCUCCGUCUUAUCUCGAGAAGGACUUGGCUACGUGCUCUCACGUCUACCUUCGAUGUGAUCGAGUCCGCCGGCCCCUGGAACCACUCUACGAUGGCCCCUUCCGAGUUAUCUCUCGUGGGACGAAGAACUUCCGCAUUUAACGCAGCACUCGCGAGGAGGUCGUAAGCGUGGACCGUCUCAAAGCUGCCGUCCCGGACACUCCUCCGGAUGAGCCCUGUGGUCCCCUACCCCCUGUUCCGCCUCGCCGACCCUCUAUUUCUCCGUCCCGUAUACUUCCUCUGCCCUCAUGUCCACAACCCCCAACUGCAACUACCCCUUCAUCAACCAAAAACACUGUAACCGCGAGCCAUACUCACUCUACUUCUGUGCCCCCUGUAUAUAUCACCCGUAGUGGACGCCAUGUUCACUUUCCUGACCGUUUCGUUACUCAUGUUUUUUAGACAUCAACAGCUCCUUCGGCAUCGCUACGCGCCGCCUUCGGUCUAGCCGGGGGGUACUGUAGCAGUUCGCAUCUCCUCACUCUCCGCCUUUGUCAUGCUACCGUCCUGUCCGCCUCACACUCCAUGCCGAUACGCUGCUGGGCUGCGCGAGUGCUCGAAGCCAAUCAACGCUGUCCCCACUCUGAUUAGCUGGCGACGUGGAGACAACGAAGGGCGCACACACGCGCUAAGACAACACCUCGAAGGCGGACACAAACAACAGCUUGCUUGGAGCGCGCUCGCGUCGACUGCCUACAGAGCCCUUGUGUACGCACUUCCUUAGGCAGUAAAGGUUGUCUAACUCGAACCGUCUUCCCUGACUUUUGAUUGGGAAUCUUUAUAUUGUCGACCACACGACUUCGGCAGGCCAAUGAAAGCCCAAUAUUUAAAGGGAGAGAGAAGACUUCACCAAACAGCUUCAGACCAGUGGGUCUCGAGCAUUUAUUGCGAGCUAAUGGGGAAAAUAAUGAAAACAGACCUGAUGGGGCACACUGAAUAGACCGAUUUGCUUAAUGUUCAUCAACAUGGAUUUAGAAGCGGCCGACUCUGCAUCACUCGCCUGCUUACAUCCAUGGAAGGCUAGAUGAAAUCAUUAGAAAUAGGUUUGUCAGUUGAUGCAUUCUGCAUUGACUUCAGCAAAGCUUUCGACAGGGUUCCGCACGGACGGCUGAUGUCUAAACCGCGUCAAAUGUGUGUGACUGGCGGCCUAGUAAAAUGGUUUGCUCACUUUCUCACAGGCGGACGUCAGCGUGUUUGGAUUGGGGAGGUCAAAUCGGAAUGGUAAAUCAUUCACAGUGGGUUCCCCAACGGAGUGUUUAAGUUCCUAUUUUGUUUUGGAUAUAUGUGAACGAUUGCCUGUACUGCUUGACCUGAAGAAUGACAAUGUUCGAUUAUGAUUCGAUGAUAUUGACUUCAAUAUAUAAGCCAGGGGAUGCGCUGAAAUUGAAAACCAAAUUAGAUCGAUUGCAACAGUCAUGUGAUGAAUGGCUUCUCAACCCCUGCUUUAACAAAUGUCAAGUCAACCAGUUACGGUCUACGCGCAGAAAGGCUGCAAGAUUCGAAUGUAAGUAUUUCAUCGUUGGUCACUAAUUCGAGCCAGUAAAUGAGCUAGGAGACCCAGGUGUAUGGACUACGCUCACUUUCAAACUGUCGUCUCACUGCGCCAAUGUAGUAAAAAGUCUAUGGGUAUCCUAGGAGCGAUCAGGAGAUCCUACUUUAACUUUGACGAGGAGCUUUUUGGUUGACUGUUUGUAACAUUUACCCGUCAAACUUUAAAAUCGGGCAAGCUUUUUUUACCACGAUGUGGUUGAAUAAUGGAUUAAAAUUUCUUAUUCUCUUGUUCGGAGGUAGUUUUUCUCACAUUUUAAAGAAGACUUGAUAGCUGUCAGGUAAUAGCCAACUGCUUAAUUGACAAGAGUAAACAUGACGCACCCAUAUCGCUAUAUAAUCUUAAGCACGUUGUCUGUUCAUUGUGCGCCUGUAAAUAUCGUUUUCCAAGUCUCUUCGUACCCACCUUGCAUACCGACCUAUACUGAAUAAACCCAGACAAUGGUAGGCAAUCACUGCAAUUAUAAAACGCGGGUAGGUCAUAACGCCUAGCGUCAACGACGUGUCGUGAACCGCAUUUAAUGCUUGAAAACAAGACCUAAUCACUGUACUCCUUGAUAAAAUCGGCGAGGGCAUCCGAUGACCAGUGACUUUUCCUCUCAUAUGGUCUGGGGUAAGCCGAAGAUUCGGCAAAACGUCAGAGAGGAAUAAAUUUGGAGUAAAUUACAGUAAAAAUGGAACAGUACAUACAUUUGCAUAAGUGAGGAUAGUCAUACUGCAAAAAAUGCGAGCAGAAUAAAAUAGUGAAAAAUCGACAGGCGCAAGAUACCAAAAACGCAAGGGAAAUUACAACAAAUAAUUCUAAAUGGCUGUUUUGUGUCUACAACAAAUCAUCUCUAAGGAAGACAUUAGGAAACAUUAGAAUCUGUCAACAAAUCCUUUUUUGUCCAUUUGUGUUUGAGUUUCAAACCGACCAUAUUUUUACAACCCCAUAAAACAGAAUUUUUCUAUAACAAUGAAGAGGUGACUCUCGCAUACUCCUGGCUAAGAUCAAAAGUGCCAACUCUGGCUUUAUUAGACUCAUCAUGAUUCAGAGGCGACAUGAAAUAACUUAUGGAUAUUUGUAGGCGACGUCAGUUUCUUCAGCUGGUCGCGUCUAGUUUCAUUUCCACCGGUCAGUUAAUUUUUGUUUCACUAUAAAACCCAUUCUGGAAUUGGUCUGAGCUUCGACGUGUAUGGAUAUUUCGAAAAAUGCGUGAAGCAAGUGAAUAUGAUCAUUGCAUAUUCUUUCUUUAAUACCAUUAGCGAAAGCUUUUGAAGGCCACACCGCCCAUUCGAAAUUAUAAAUCAAGCUUGCGUCGUAGACACCAAAAGUCAGAUAGACUGUACGUGUUAUCACGGUUGUUAUCCUAGACCCCUUACUUCGUAUGUCAAACUGUAUCGUAGUGAGAAUUUGUAGUUUUCAUAACAUAUAUAAUGGCGAGAAAAUAGUGCCACAUCGUCUGAACGUUCGACAGGCGACCCCUAUAGGGGGCCUAGCCCCGAAUUGUCCCGGAGGCCAUGUGUUGGCAGGGUAGCUAGGAGGAAGCUUCGUCCGGAACAAAUACGGGAAUUGAUCUUUUGUUGGACUCUUUCUACAGUGUGAGCUAUACGUGAAACGUGCCUGUGCCUAAUUAACCGUAAAACUUCUCGGUCCUAAUUAGGACGGAGUCAUAUGGAACAGGCAAGAAUCCCGGCCGUUUUGUUAAGCAGGAUUGUGCAAAUCACUCAUCUAGCGAAACCAUCAAUCCAAGCAAAGUCACAUUCACAGUGUGCUUUCCCCUUUGGUAUUCGAGUACUUGAUCACGCACUAGAUUUACCUUAAAAUAUUUUUUGUCGUGCAUUCUUAAACCGCCUUCAGUUCUUACAUCUUAAUACAGUCACGAUCUAGACGAAACUUAUUUGGAGCAUUAUAGAUUAGUGUAUACUGUUCGACUUGGCUUAUUUGGUCACGUCUGGCAGUGCUCAAAUAAAUAAGUAGUCUUACAUGAGCACGUGCCCAAUAUUGCGGCCGUUUUCGGAACAGCAUGACAUCUUUUAACUACUAUUUUUCCUGCUUUUGUUUCUUGUAUGCUUAACGUUCCACUACCGCAACAAAUGGACGGAAAUUAUUUUAACAUGGAUGUACACAAAACAAAAUCCUGUUAAGAGUAAUCUCCAGUAUCUUUUUGUAUUAUCUGCUGACUAGAAAGAGCAGUUUAUGCUUCCGUCAUGGUGUCUAUUUUUUUAUUAUCGUGCCAACUUUUCUUCUCGCUGUACUCUAUGCUGAGGAAGCUAUAUCCUCGCAUGUGUUCACUACUUUGCUUGAUUCGUCGACUUGUAGUUCCUUUAUACUUAAAUGUGCUAGGAGUUGGAACAAUAAUUUUUAAGUUUUAGAAUUGUUAUUUCCAAGCAUUUGCUGAGGAAUCGCUCAUUGUUGCUGAUAGUCUAUUGCGCAAACGCGUGUCAUUAAUGUUAUUUUUAAUAACAUCUUAACUGAUUAGUCUGAAUUUUAAAUCCCACUAGAUAUUGGCUGCAUACAUUUGUCAGGCUUGAUAUUGUACACAUUAUCAUUACAGCUGCAUAUUAAUACAACUUACGGAAAAGGAUGAAUGUGAAACCACUGGAGGAUUUUGGGAGGCGUCUCAAAUCUGA